UAUUUAUAUCAUUUUCAUCAUAUUCAGAAAAUAAUAUAUAUUUACGGCAUGUCGAUGGACGAGUUACAUUAGCAAAAAAUAAUCAAUUAACUUUAUUUAAACAAGAUGCAACAUUUAAAUUAAUUAUGAAUGAAGAAAAAAAUAUGGUUGCAUUUGAAUCAAUAAAUAUUCCGGAAUAUUAUAUAGCGGUUGAUCCUGAUUCGAAAACAGCAUUAAUUUUAGAAAAACCGCAAAAAAAAGUAUUGACAAUUAAUGAUUUAAAUGAAAAGUUUUUAUUUAAAUUUAAUUUUUAA